AUGAGCACAACACGUGAGGGAAGUUCGAUUAGGUUCUCUAUUCAAUCUACUGGUGGCUCAAGAGAGCAUUCGUUGUCUUCCUCUGAGCGCGGUAGUUCGUCGAACCUAACCAAUGGGGAGCUUGGAACUAAUUCCCUAAACAUGCCCAUGUGGGCGGCUUUGAAGCCCUCCCGAGAUGCCGCUGAGGGGGGGCAUGAGGCGCUCCUCAGCCAUCCUCAUCCCCCUCUCACGCCAGAUACCCCGCAUGCAGCCCCGGGGUCUUCCCCACCUCCGCUUAUGAGAGAUGGUGAGGCGGAGGCCCCUUCCCGGGUGGCCCCCUCUCCAACGCCUGCGCCCGAAACGGCCUCCACCCCCCGCGGCGACGCUCCGGCGACGGCGAAAGUUUUACCUCGGAAAACUCCACCGCCUGAGGUGGGGUCGAGGCCACCCCCCCACGCCACCACGACGUCGGCAUCCCACGGGGGAACGCUGCGUUUAGGCCGCGAAGCGAACGCCGCGGAGCGGGCUCGGGAUGCUGUCGAUCCCCCCUCAGCUCCCUCUUCGGGACCCUCUCCGUUGGUGCCGCGGGUGAGUGGGGUUGUCUACGAAUCGGACGCGGGAGGGGGGGCUGAAGGUGGACGUUCUGUAAACUCUAGAGAGCUUUUGCCCGAGAGUGUGAAAAGCGAGGUAGGGGGUGUGGCCAACACCGAGAACAGACGUGCCGCUGAUUCACCAGUGCCCGCACUACCAUUUAGGCGCAGCGAAGGUGGCAGCGCGGCGUCAUCUCGACCUCGCUCAGGUUCUUGUUCUGUGAUCCAUGGAAACCAUCCGGGUCGAUCUUCCUCCCUGGUGUGUGCUCGCAGCAGCGGCGACCUUGGCCCUCGCGAAAAUGCAUUUGGGAAUCAAACGUCGGUAUCGCGGUACCCUCCGCAAACUGUAACUUUAGAUAGGGCCACAAAGGACGGAAUGCAAAUGGUCUCAAUGCAUUUCAACACAAGGCGAGGCGAUAGUGGUCAGAUCGACGCCGUAAGAAGUACGCGUGGUGCAGGGGAGGGGUUGGGGAUGGACGAAUCUAGACGAAUGCAGCCAAAGUCACCCCCACUUCGCAACCCUGCAGAGGAUAUGUUGCUUUCUCAAAUGAAAAUGGACCGAGGGAAGACAAAACAGGGCGUGGCGCCUCUAGGUGCAGAUGUUUGUAGCUCAACCACCGAAGGUACUCCCGGAGCCAUGACUGAUUCGGUCGAUGUGGCUGAACGGGGUCAUCCUGCCAGAUCGACUCGCACCUCGAAGGGUCUGGGUGGCCUUCUAUCACGUUGGUUCUGCUGCCGUAGUGAGGGAGUUGUGGCUUUCAAUCGGCUUCGUCAGCCCCAUAGUACGGAGAGUAUGAAAGACUCCAUCACUAAUAUUAGUGAGACAAGGGUUGCAAAUUCUGCAUGUGACAAGAAAGAAAAAGACAGAGGAAGUAGUAGGGCUAAGAAACAACUUGAGGAGCUUAGACCAAUAGAAGCCCCAGCAAAGCCCAGUGAGGAGAAGGGCCAUGGUGUUGCAGAGACUUGUGAGAAGACCAUUCCUAGGGAUAUCGUGGAGUCACAUGGUGUUGAAGUUGUGGCGAAGGAGACUCUAAGCACCUCUUGCUCAUUAUCUCUCAAGUUGGAUUCUGGUUCUGGGGAUGCGGACAAGCGCAAUGAAUUAGAGGACGCACUGGAUAUGGGCACGCCCCAGGAACAUCGAGAGGAGCACCAGGACCAGUUGUCGCACUUAACAUCUGCAAAAACUUCGUUGAUGGCCCUUCUAGUAGGCGGAAAGGGUACUACAUCUUUUCCAAAUAGGGUGUCGAAAAAUGCCGAAUAUGAGGAAAAUGGCUCAAAGAAUGAAAAUGCAUUGCCACUGGAACCUGAGUUAAAAAUGUUGCCACUCUUCCCACGGUUGCAGUCGACAUCUCAGACUACUCUUUUGGAAGAUGUCGACAAGGGGGAUGAAAUUGCCAUUUUAGCUGAUGGGAUAGAAAAUUCCCUCAUGCUGCAAUCAAAGCUGACAAACAACUCGUCUUGCCACCAAGAAAGUUUACACGAGGACGGUCGAAAUUCUUUGCCGCAGAGUAAUUCGAAAGAGCACAUUGGUAGAGCUGUGAAGCUGCACUCAACAGGAUCUUUAUCAUUCAGUGAGAAGAGGAAGUCAUCCAUACCUGGAAAAGGGGUUCAAAUUGAUGACCUAUCGAAUGAUAAGAUGCACGUUGAUAAAUCUGUUAGUAGCCAUAUUGACUGCUCUCCACCUGAUGCGAUGGCUAUUACAAUCAAGGGGGAGCAGUCCAAUGGAGGGGAGAAGUCGUCCCUACGGUUGAACCACUCAACACGUCCAGCAAGCGUACGAUUUCCCAGUAGACAUCCGCUUCAUCGCCCGCGUACACAGAUAAGUAAAACACGCGAGGAAUUGAAAGGGGGUGAGGGAAAGUGUGGCUCCCUUAAGAAAGGGGGAGAAAAGAAGGGUGCUUCGCCCCACCCUACCCCCACUCGACCCUUGACAGUGCGGCAGCGUGCGACGAAUGCCAUGAGGCCCUCUCUUCAAGACCAAGAUGACAAGGCAAAAUAUGCAAAACUUCGUAAGCAAAUUAUCCAAAAUUCUCGUAUACAUUCUAACAGGAUGAAUUUUCAUCCGCGUAGGAAUACCCAUCGCGCCGUGGGCACCAAGGCCAAAACUUACAAUUCGAGCAUUCACAACAAAAAUACUCGGAGCAUGUUAAAAGGCGGUGAAAACGUAUUCAAUAAUCAAAGACGUGACAAUUCGACCAAAUAUCGAGACCAGCCUGACGUGACGGCGGAUGGAAAAUCGCGUUCUAAUAGCCAGUAUGCAUGUCAAAAGGAAAAUAAGUUACUUGAAGAGGUUUAUGAGCUUCACCAGAAACUGCAUAAACUUCAUACAGUAACUGCCAAUGCAAUUUCAAAAAAUAACACCACGGCAACGACACUAUUGGCAGACAGUUUCCCAAUUUUCUCUGUUAAUUCAUUACAAGAACGUGCCAACGCCAUAUCGAAGGCAAACCUUAAUGAAGGAAAACUUGGCACUAUUUUCACAGAACCACGUCCGAUUUCUAGCGGGGAUGGUAGAAAUGUAAAGGGCCAGGAAGGCCACAGAGAUAAUGGUCCUGCUCAACAUGCUCACUGGACAAGCACUGACUCUUCGAUUUUCAUACAACGAAGUGGUGUUGAAGACACCCAUGGUAGCAGCUAUGCGGAGAGGUACGCGAGCAGUCUGCGAUCAGGUCAAUCUAUUUUACGGAAGCAUUUUCCUAGAAAGCAGAUCGUAGGAGACUUCCCUAAGUUUUAUCACCAAAGAGAUCAUUCCAUUGAGAUUCAAGAGACGCAGCGGUCGUCGCGGAACGGCACAAAACGCAACGAAUCUCCUGAUAAUAAGAAGGAUAAGGAUGGAAUUCAGGGCCGUAGUGAGAAAUACUCGUCACCGCCAGCCCAUCGCGGUUUAAAUAGCAUAUCUCACAUGCCGACAGCACGCCAAAAAAAGAUAGAUGAGACUGUGAUGCUUUACGAAUCACUUGUGCAGCUUUCUAUGCUGGAUGAUUCCGGCGUCGCAGCCCAAGCGUACUCAGCGGCGUUAAACGGCUCUCCUUUAGAGGAUCCAACUCGUACUAACUCUCAACGGAACAGCGCUUUUGCCAGCUCCAAGUCUCCCCAAUCCUCUGACGAGCAGCAAGAUACUUCAAGGGGAGACCUCUUCGAGAGGCUUUUCUACAAGGACAAAAUGAAAAUUCGAGCCCAUGUGACUAAUGGACUUACCGACGAAUCCUACAUCAACUGCUUGCGUGAGGCGUUGCGUCAUGAGUACUAUGGGGGACAAUCGGCAACUUUCAGCGUUGUUGACGUUGCUAGGGCGUACGGUAAGCUGCAAUGUGAAGACAAAUCUUCUUCCAAUGGGCAUAGCAGCGGGGUUGGGGAGAGUGGGGAGGCCUUCAUUACCCAUAACUUCAGUAGUGCAUCGAUAGGGAGGAGGGGCCUCAGCUCAUCAUUUUCUCUCGCACCGCCGUCCAACUUGCCCCACACGACCGAUCCGCAGCCCCCGCGCUCGUCUUGUGCGGCCUGUUCGCCACAGACAGCGGAGCCCUACGCCUAUUGGGGACUUCUUUCGCUCUUCGAGCACCUCCAGCGGCCCUGCCAAGGCGGGGCUCGAGGGCUCGGCCGGCCUGUUCCCACUGACCUCUACGCCCCUUCUCCUCGACCACGGCGCGACGCGGGCUCCAUCAAGGGAGGUGAAAAAGGGAGGAGGAAUCGGGUUGAGAAAAAGACGGACUGGGCUGACGUGGGGUCCCCUCCUAUAAGGAUGCCGCGGCGUCCCUUCACCCCUUUUUUGUCUGCCGUCCGUCUUUACCUAUACUCCCACCAGCGCGGGCGGCGGGCGUGGCGAUUGCGUCGAUGGAAUGGUGGUGGGGGAGGUGAGACUAUCGAAGUGACCGGUGGCGGGAUGGAUCUCGGCAUUGAAGAGGAAAAACAGCACAUUUCUUGUUCACCGCCAGGUUGGAUGGCCAAUUCGGAUGCCACCAGCGUCAGUGUGGUUGCUGAAUCCGAGAAGUAUUUCACGCCCCACUCCAAACAAUCGAGCCUGAUUGACGGUGGUGGCGGUGGCCGUAGGGUGGAUCACGAGACGCCGGUUCGAAAGACGGGGAAAGAGUUGGGGCCACAUCAGGACGAAACAGACCACGAGAUGCAAGGUUAUUCUCCCGUGUACGUUCCCCAAUUCUACCAAACUCUGCCGGAAAAUGGUACCGAGAAUGUCUCGGAGCCGACCAGCUCAAGGAAAUAA